AUGCAAGCCGAGGCUGGAAGCCUGCACACUCCUUCAGUGGAAGCGAAUCAGACAUCCCCGGGCUCGCAACAAGGCAUCAGGUCCAGCUUCACCGGGGAAAGUUGGUUUGUUUCUUAUGUGCUGAGCACGUCUAUGGCCAGUCCGAUACAGGUUCACGGCCCAGUUGAAAGGCGAACAGAGAAGCCUCGACAGGGUGACAACGACAAUUCAAGCAGCUUACCCUUGUCAGGAGGGAUAACAUCAUUAGACCUCCCUCAGCCCUUUACCAUAAGCUUGAUUUGUCCUAUUUUGGACCAAGAAGGUUUCCUCGCGUCAGUCAGAGAUGGGAGUGUCUCAUUGGCGCUUUUGCGCUGCGUCCUCUUCGUCGCGUCGAUUCAUUGUCCCCUUGAGCUGAUAUGCCAGAUGGGCUAUAACUCGCGGCUAGAUGCCGAAUCCGACCUGUUCAACAAGGCAGUCAAGUGCUCUUGGCCAACCGUCUGCGCCCGUCGCCAGAGUAAUCCACAAAUUCGCAUAUUGAAAGGCGGGUCGUAA